AUGUGGACUCGCGACCCUUUGGGAAUACUUAUGACCAAUGGAACUUCGCCUGCCCCUUGCGACCGUUACAUUCCCUGCGACACUUCUUCGGACCCACGCCUCGGCAUUAACACUCCGUUUGCCCAAAAAGGUUAUUGUAUUCCCUCCAGUCGUUUUUCUCCAGGAACCCUACCAAUCGGCUUUCUCCCCCUCGCCCAACCCAUUCCGCCCGUUGCCACCCCUUAUAAUUCCACUAUCUGCGGAUGCCCAGGAGUCAAUCUCGCCUUCACUGUGGCCAUCGAUCUCGUCACCAUACAGUUGGUCCCCUUACAUACAUUGUUGGACUUCGAAACCUUCGCCUGGAUACGCCACGUCCGCCGACUGAGCGCUCAUCAAAGCGGAAAGCAAUGCCUUGCCGUGGACUAA